AUGAGUGCUAUAUUAAAAUUCAUCCGUGAAAACCACAUAUUGGCAGUAAUAGAACAGGCAGUUGCAAAAAAGAAAUCCCGUUUAAGUCUAAACGCCUUUGAAAUUACUGAAAUACCCAAUCUGUUGUACUCCUGUUUGGACGUCGAGCAUCUGUAUCUACAUAAAAAUAGAAUUUCUACAAUAUCAGUGCAAUUAACUCAGUUAUCGAAUCUAACAACAUUGACGUUGGAUUAUAAUAACAUAAAUUCAUUGCCAUCUGAAAUCAGUAACUUGAAGAACCUAGUGAACCUAAACAUAAGUUAUAAUCCCUUAAAUGAAUUAAUUCCUGAAAUAGGAGAGUUGGAGAACUUAGAAGCCUUCUGGUGUAAUCGGAUAGGACUGAAAGAGAUCCCAAAAGAGAUAGGAAAGUUAUCUAAACUAGAUACUUUUGGAGCAAGAGGAAAUGAAUUGAAAGCCAUACCAGAAGAAAUGACUGCUCUACAUAAAUUAAGGUGGUUAACUUUAGAAAACAACCAAAUUGAGAUGUUACCAAGCACAAUGGACAAGAUGGAAUCCUUAGUGCACUGCAACUUGCGUAAUAAUAUGAUCAAGGAGUUCCCGGUCUCAAUAAUGAAAUGUUCAGACCUGAUGUUCCUACAACUCAAUAACAAUCAGAUUUCAUCUUUGCCUGACGAUUUUGAUACAGGUUCUCUCACCAUGCUGGAAAUGAUAGAUCUCCGAUUAAACCCUAUAUGUGAACUUGAUCAUCGGGAUUAUCCUCUGGUGCGGUUCACUGAGGAGAUAACCCCCAACCCUCAACCUUCAAGCAGCAGGGCGCAUGCUACCCAAGCCUUGGCAGUCAAUGCAACAGCUCUGAGAUUACCAGCUGUACCAGCUGCGCGACAUGCGGAUCCUCUCGUCAUCGCCGAAAUGGAUUUGGAUGCUUCAUCAAUCGAGUCGUCCGAAGAUUGGGAGAACAGUGUAAACAGUUCUGAAUUGGACGUACAAUAUCAGAGCGACGAGGAACGCGCUGAAAAUGAGGCAAUCGGGAUGGUGCUCCCGGACUUAUCCCGAUACGCAUCAACGGCAAGCUGA